AUAUCAUGCAAUCUGUGUGGUGGGUUGGUGGGUUCUCCUGAAGAGCUGUAGGCUAAUUCGUGAUGUAACAGGAAGUAGACUAAUGUGAAUGCCUCCCACAAUCUGACAGCGGCUCCAGUCUGACACUUUAUUCAUUGAGUGUUGAAACCCUUUAGGUUUGGUUCACUACCAUUGCUGCGGAGGUUGCAUUUGUGCAAAUAAAAGCGGUCGCUGGAGUGUUUGGUCGGUUAAUGUGACUUUCUAAAUCGCGUUGGCAUUGGAUUGUGAACUAUUCGCAUCAGAUCGAUAGUCAUUAAAGAGGGAGAAAUAACCAGAAGAGUGGAUCGUUUGAUAUGCCAAAAAAGAAGAUGGAUUGUUUUGGGUACUGUUGGAUGGUCAUCUGUCUCCUACUGGGCACUGCUACUGAGAUCUUAGUUGCGGCUAGCCCAGAGGUGAACAGUAGCCAGCAGCACCUCCACCUGAAUGUCUACCACGAUAUAGGAGUCACCAGGAACAAGAUUGUGACAGCCCAGUUCGAGUGCUACCAGAAAAUCAUGAAGGAUAACGACCACAACAAAAUAGGGCCAGUGUGUAACCGGACCUGGGAUGGGUGGCUGUGCUGGGACGACACAGAGGCAGGCUUCACUUCAGAGCAGCACUGCCCUGACUACUUCCAGGACUUUGACCCCUCAGAAAUGGUGACAAAAAUCUGCAGUGAGAACGGACACUGGUUUCUGCAUCCCGACAGCAACCGAACGUGGACUAACUACACACGAUGCAACGAGCACACUAGCGAAGGCAGAAUGACUGCCAUGAAUUUAUUCUACUUGGCUCUCAUUGGCCACGGCUUGUCACUGAUAUCCCUAUUCAUUUCCCUGGGAAUAUUUUUCAAUUUCAAGAGUUUAAGUUGCCAAAGGGUCACUCUCCACAAAAACCUCUUCUUCUCCUUUGUAUUGAACUCGGUCAUCACCAUCAUCUGGUUGACCGCUGUGGCGAAUAACCAGGAGCUGGUACAAAGAAACCCUACAAGCUGUAAAGUGUCCGUGUUCAUCCAUCUUUAUCUGUUUGGCUGCAACUACUUCUGGAUGCUCUGUGAAGGGAUAUACCUGCACACCCUUAUCGUUGUUGCCGUGUUCGCUGAGAAACAGCACUUGAUGUGGUACUAUCUCCUCGGAUGGGGCUUUCCUCUAAUUCCAGCAUCUAUACAUGCGAUCGCUCGCAGUUACUACUACAAUGACAAUUGUUGGAUAAGCUCCAACACUUCACUCCUCUACAUAAUCCAUGGGCCCAUCUGCGCUGCUCUGUUGGUGAACCUGUUCUUCCUGUUGAACAUUGUGCGUGUCCUGAUCACCAAGUUGAAGGUGACCCACCAGGCUGAGUCCAGCCUCUACAUGAAGGCCGUGCGCGCCACCCUGAUUCUUGUGCCUCUCCUGGGCAUCCAGUACGUCCUGUUGCCCUACAAACCAGAGGAACGGGUCUCCUCUGAGAUCUACGACUACAUCAUGCACAUCUUAAUGCAUUAUCAGGGGCUGCUGGUGGCCACCAUCUUCUGCUUCUUCAACGGAGAGGUGCAAGGGGUUCUGAGGAGACAUUGGAACCAGUACCGUAUGCAGUUCGGGAGCACCUUGACCCACUCGGAUGCCAUGCGGUCCGCCUCAUACACAGCCUCGUCCAUCACCGAUGUCCAGGGCUGCUACAGCAUCGACAGCAACACAGAACAUUUGAAUGGCAAGGGGGGCUGCCUUGACGUUGAGACCUCCAUCUUAAAAUCGGAGAACCCGUUUGCCUGAAGAAAGGCUAACUCUGCUGCGUAUUUGGGAAUGGAGGGGAGGGGAAGGGGGGUGGGAG